AUGUAUUUAUGUGCUUGGCGGCGGCGUAUCGCUGUCGUCGUCGUCGCGUUCGGCGGCGCUGCACCACCUGCGCGCGAGUGCUUGCCCCCCACCAAUGCACCACCACCGGGUGAGCAGAUGUCGCCCGCGGGAGACGCGUGCCCUCACACCGUACUGCGGGCGGUCGCUCGCUUUCGGCAGCAUUGCAGCAACACUCGGCAGUUCCUUUCCGGAGCCGAUCACGUUCAGUACGCGCUCGCUCCUCGUCGCGUUCACCGUUCCGGUAUCCGUAACGACGGCAGUGAUAUCGUUAUCGUAUAUGAUCCACCUCAAUCUAAACAAGUUUAUAAAUUAAUAUUCGAUUAUAGAUCUACGAUACACGCGUGUUUAGAUUUAUAA